AUGUAUUCUCAGCUGCCUAGUUUCGACGAUCUACCGCCUGUUGAUGGUAUGCCUCAAGGCUGUGCGUGGGGUAUUUUUGACAAGGAUGGGGAAAAAGAUGUUUUUGGGACACUUAAUCUUCUAACACCUGAUCUUGUUAAGGCUGCGGCCGCAGAGGUGCAGCAUGGAAUUUCGAUUUCACUGAAUUGGCCUCUAGGUAGCGUCAAGGUUCCUGGGCAUUUCCGGAAGGGCCUUACGCAUAAAGUAUUCAAACUUGAAGAUAAACAGACUGAUUUACAUUAUGGAUUUGAUGAUGAGGUAGAAUUCAAUACCCAGGCCAGCAGUCAAUGGGAUAGCCUUUGCCACUUUCUGCACAUACCAACUGGACAAGCAUAUAAUGGCGUGAAACCGACAUGCGAAGAAAUGCAGGGGACCUAUCUUCAAAAACAAUAUAUUCCCACGCUGGACCACUGGCACGACCGUGGCUGUGUUGUAGCACGAGGUGUGCUGAUCGACUUCAAAUCCUACGCUGAGGCCAAAGGAAUUGAAUAUUCCGUUUUCUCGGGGUUUAGAAUUGGAAUAUCUGAUAUUGAGGCCGUUGCAUCGUUUCAAGGGGUCUCCUUCCGACCUGGAGAUAUCCUAAUAAUUCGAUUUGGCGUAACAGAAGCGCUUGGAGCGAUGAGCGGGGACGAACAAGCAGCUGCCAUGGCAAACCACCACGCCUGUGGAAUAGAAGGAAGCAAGGAUAUGGCUCGGUGGCUCUGGAAUCAGCAUUUUGCUGCAGUUGCCAGUGAUAAUGUGGCUGUGGAAGCUAUGCCCCCUCUUGUUGACGGCGUGGAACAGCCACUGACCCACUUGAUCUUGCAUCAGUGGUGUCUAAGUCUUUUUGGUCUCCCGCUGGGUGAGCUUUGGUAUCUUAAGAAUCUCGCGGAUCAGUGUAAACCUCUGGGAAAGUACACAUUCCUUUUGACGUCUUCUCCACUAAAUGUGCCAGGUGCAGUUGGUAGUCCACCCAAUGCCCUGGCUCUACUGUGA